UAACCCUGAUUUAUGUGAGAACUAAUUUAUAAAUCAAAUAAAGGCGUCAUUAAAAAAAUCUAAUCAGAGCUUUGAAGAAGUAGAGAGAGGAGAUUCUCAGAUUGUGUUCCAAAGGAGACAAGACACACGUUCGCCUUAGUUGUCCGUUGUAAAGGUAUCUUCGACGGGACUCAGAAGCAAGACGAUACAACACGAAACCGAUCUUCUUCUCUUUCUUCUUAGCCUCGUUGGCGGUUGUUUGAUCCAUCCAUCUCUCAGAUAAGGUUCCUCAGGGCUUAGCGUUUGCUUCUAUGAGACGGACACGUUGCAAUUGGUGCUUCAUGUCUAGGUAAUGAAGGCUUUAACUGAUAGAUUUGUUCCUCAACAACGUUCUCCAUCACCCCCAACACCUCUAGUUUCAUCAGAUUCAGAACAUAGUGAUAAUAAGUGUACCUUGUGGUCGACUUCUUCCUCAGUUUCUCAACCGUAUAGGGAGCCGUCUACAACUUCGGGGCGUAAACAACUUUGCGCUGCUACUUGGACAUCGUUUGUAAAGAAAGUCUCUAUGGCGAGCGGUGCGAUCAAGAGGUUCCAGGACCGUGUUUUAGGACCAAACAGGACUGGUCUUCCCAGCACAACAAGCGACUUUUGGCUACUAGGCGUCUGUUAUAAAUUAUCCGAGGAUGAAGAAACAGAUGAUGGCAGCGUAGUGGCUGCAUUGAAACAAGACUUUUCCUCCAGAAUACUGAUGACAUAUCGUAAAGGUUUUGAACCUAUUAAGGACACGAGUUACAGCAGCGAUGUAAACUGGGGAUGCAUGAUACGGAGCAGCCAGAUGCUCUUUGCUCAGGCGUUGCUUUUCCAUAGACUGGGAAGGUCUUGGAGGAACAAGAACUCCGAGGUUAGCUCAGUGCAGCCUGAGCAGGAGUACUUGGAGACGUUGGAACCUUUUGGUGAUUCCGAGGCUUCAGCUUUCUCUAUUCACAAUCUUAUACUAGUUGGAGAGACCUAUGGUCUCGCUGCUGGGUCAUGGGUGGGACCGUAUGCUAUUUGUAGGUCGUGGGAGUCGUUAGCGUGCAAGAAGAGGAAACAAAGUGAUUCGCUUCCUAUGGCUAUUCAUAUAGUUUCUGGCAGCGAAGAUGGGGAGAGAGGUGGAGCUCCAGUUCUAUGUAUAGAAGAUGUGAUCAAGUCUUGUGUGGAGUUCUCGAGAGGAGAGGAUGAGUGGGCACCGCUUCUGCUCUUGGUCCCGUUGGUUCUCGGUCUUGACAGAGUGAAUCCAAGGUACAUUCCAUCUCUCAAAGCCACGUUCACUUUCCCUCAAAGCCUUGGAGUUUUGGGUGGAAAGCCAGGUGCUUCGACUUACAUAGUUGGCGUUCAAGAGGACAAUGGUUUCUACCUUGAUCCACAUGAUGUUCAGCAGGUGGUCACAGUGAACAAGGAAACUCUAGAUGUUGUUGACACCUCCUCCUAUCAUUGCAAUGUGCUUCGUUACGUUCCAUUGGAAUCACUUGACCCAUCACUAGCUCUCGGAUUCUAUUGCCGCGACAAAGCUGACUUCGAUGACUUGUGUCACCGAGCAUCGACACUAGCUGAGGAAUCAAAAGGCGCUCCGUUGUUCACCGUCACUCAAACCCACAGCUUGGUUAACCACCACAGCAGCUGCGAGUUUGUGGAGGAUAGAGAAGAAGAACAUGGAGAAGAAGAUGACUGGCAAUUGUUAUAAUCAUCAUCAAAAUUCAAAAAAAAAAAUAUUUUACAAUUCUUUUCCUUCAGACAAGAUACAAUGUUGCACUAUGAAAAAAGCUUGGUCAUAUCUUUAGAAUCUUCGGAUCAGAUCACAAAGACAAUGUUGUACUUUUAAAAACACACGUUUAAUCAAAAAGCAGUUUGUGUUU